AUGGCCUCAACCUCGCUGACGGGCGUCGCCGUUGUCGCCUUCGCCGUGUAUUGGGCUGGUCUGGUGCUAUAUCGGCUGUUUCUCCACCCCCUCGCCAAGUUUCCGGGGCCUCGUUUGGCCGCAAUAACGCCUUGGUAUGAGGCCUACUACGAGAUCAUUCGAAAUGGCCAGUACUCGAAGAAGAUAUCGCAGUUACACGAUCAGUAUGGGCCCAUUGUAAGGGUCACCCCCGGAGAACUCCACAUUAGGGACUCGCGCUUCUUCGAGAGCGUGUACCCCAAAAAUGUACAUCUCCACAAAGAAGGAUGGGACAAGCGCUUCGGCAGCGAGGGCGGCUUGCUCCCAACACCUGAUGCUCAAGUCCACAAACGGCGCCGUGCAGCUCUGAGUCCUAUGUUCUCUCGGAGGUCCAUCAUAGAGUUCAUCCACAUCAUCCAUCGGCAUGUGGAGACGUUUGCGACUCGCAUGCAAGAGUUUGAGGGUCGCAAGGAGCCUUUGAACCUUACGCAUGCCUUCCCCGCGUUGACCGGAGAUAUCAUCAUGGAUUACUUCUUCGGGUUCAACUAUGCCCAGCUUAAGAACCCGGAAUUUGCCUCUUUUCAUGAGGCUUUCAUCAAGAUCGGAUCGACGGGCCACGUGGCGACGCAGUUUCCUGCAAUCUUCCCGAUUAUGAACUCGAUUCCGGACGGCAUUACUGCGUGGCUGCAGCCUGCAGCUGAGCCCCUGUUAAAGUUCAAGCGUGAUCAACGGGAAGUAAUCGCCCGUACUUUGAGAGGCGAUGAUGUCAAGGUCAAUGAUGCGCAAAAGACCAUCUUCCAGGAAAUCUUGGGCUCCAAACAGCUCCCACCGGAAGAUAAGACGCAGCAGCGGCUCGAAGAUGAAGCCCAGAUUGUUAUUGGAGGCGGUGUCGAAACGACGGCUUUCGCCCUUGGCAUUGCUGCCUUCCAUAUCAUCAACAAGCCUGAGAUUUAUAAGCGACUUCACGCCGACCUUGUCAAAGCUUUCCCGAACCGCGCCACCCUUGAGCUUCAAUCGCUUGAGCAGAUGCCCUACCUGAGGGCCUGUAUCAUGGAAGCCGUGCGCAUGGGCUACGGCCUGAGCGCGCGCAACCCGCGAACGCACGACAAGCCGUUGCACUACAAAGAGUGGAUCAUUCCUGCCGGCACGUGUAUCUCUCAGAGCAUCCCUGACGUGAGCCAUGAUGAGGCUCUCUUCCCGCAAUCUCGCGAGUUCAUCCCAGAGCGGUGGCUGGACGACCCGAAGACGAGCGAUGGUAUCCCGCUGGAUAGAUUUAUGGUCUCGUUUGGUCGUGGCACGAGGUCCUGUUUGGGAAUCACUCUGGCGUGGACGGAGCUUUACCUUACUCUCGGCAUGAUGUUCCGCCGCUUCAAAUUCGAGCUCUUUGAAGCUGACGUUACGGACGUUGAGAUGGCCCACGACUAUUUCAUCCCCGUCACCAGCCUCAAAUCGAAGGGCGUGAGGGUUUUCGUCACCUCUGCGGCCGAUUAG